CCCCGCUGCCGUCAGAGCGCGGGCGGGGCGAGGCCGUGCGCGAUGGGGGCCCGCGGGCCGUGCCCGCCGCUGGCCCCGCUGCUGGCCCUGCUGGCCCUGGCGGGGCCCGCCCGAGCCCUGCAGAAUGUCACCGCUCAGCUCUUCGGGCCCGAGGCCCGCGGGACCCUGGCGGCCUUCGGCGACUUCAACUCGGACAAGCAGACGGACCUGUUCGUGCUGCGCGGCGGAAAUGAGUUGGUGAUCUUCUUGGCUGACCAGAAGGAGCCCUACUUCAAGCCCCGCGUUAAGCUACCAAUGAAAUCCCUUGGUUUCACCAUAACCAGUGUAGUUCCUGGAGAUUAUGAUGGAGAUUCCCAAAUGGAUGUCCUGCUCACUACCCAGGCCCCAAGUCAUGGCAAAGAUGAACUUUCAGUUUUUAUUUUCUGGGGACACAACCAAACGUUAGAUCUUAACCAUAAAACUAUGUUAAAUAAGACUUUUCAUGAUGAGCCUCUAGUAAUGGACUUCAAUGGAGACUUGAUUCCUGAUGUGUUUGGUGUCACCAGUGACUCCAGUAAGCCACAGAUCCUGCUGGGAGGGAACUUGUCAUGGCAUCCUGCACUGGAAACUCAAAGUAAAAUGUAUAUACCACACUCUCAUGCCUUUAUAGAUUUAAAUAAUGACUUCACUGCUGAUUUGUUCCUUACCACAUCACCAAAUUCCAAAUCUAUUCAGUUUGAGACAUGGGUAAAUAAGGAUGGGAACUUCUCUAAAGUUGGAAAAAGUAAGGAAAUGCCCAGCGGUGCCAAAGUUGUUGGACAGUCUGUGUUUGCAGAUUUUGAUGGGGAUGGACAAAGUGAACAUUUAUUACCAGUCUGUGAAGAUGACACAUGUCAAAGAAGUGCCAUCUACCUAACCAAGCUGGGACUGGACCAGUGGAUUCCAGUUUUGCAAGACUUCAGAAAUAAAGACACAGUCUGGGGCUUUGUACCAUACCAAAAUGACAAAUCUUCAGCAGAAAUUUCAUUUCCAAUUACACUUCACAUUGGAGAUUACAACAUGGAUGGCUACCCUGAUGCACUUGCUAUAUUGAAGAACACUUCUGGAAGCAAUCAACAAGCAUUUUUACUAGAAAAUGUCCCAUGCAACAACGUGAGCUGCAAGAGCGUGCGGCGCAUGUUCCGCGUGUUCUGGGAGCUCUCGGACCUCAAUCAGAUCAAGGACGCCGUGGUAGCCACCUUCUUUGACAUCUAUGAGGAUGGAAUCUUGGAUAUCAUUGUGCUAAGCAAAGGCUACUCCAACAAGGACUUUGCUAUCCAUACAUUGAAAAAUAACUUUGAAGCAGAUGCCUAUUUUGUUAAAGUUAUUGUUCUCAGCGGCCUCUGUUCCAACGACUGUCCUCGGAAAAUAACACCCUUUGGAGUUAAUCAGCCUGGUCCUUACAUAAUGUACACCACUGUAGAUGCAAAUGGAUACCUGAAAAAUGGAUCAGCUGGCCAGCUCAGCCAGUCAGCACAUUACGCUCUGCAGCUGCCCUACAACGUGCUGGGCUUGGGCCGCAGCGCCAACUUCCUCGACCACUUGUACGUUGGCAUCCCUCGGCCCUUAGGAGAAAAGUCCAUAAGAAAACAAGAAUGGACAGCUAUCAUACCAAACUCCCAGCUUAUAGUCAUUCCCUAUCCUCAUAAUGUUCCUCGAAGCUGGAGUGCCAAGCUGUAUUUGACCCCAAGUAACAUUGUACUGCUAACAGCUAUAGCCUUAAUUGGUGUCUGUGUUUUCAUCCUGGCAAUAAUUGGCAUAUUACAUUGGCAAGAAAAGAAAGCAGAUGACAGAGAGAAGCGACAGGAGGCUCAUCGGUUCCAUUUUGAUGCUAUGUGACAUGCCUUAAUAUUUAUGAAGGAGCUGCUACUCAUUUGCUUAAUUGAAAGACUAAAUUCUGAUUUUUAAAGUUAUUACCAUGAAAGUACUGUUUGUGUGUUAUUUGUAAAUGUUGCAUUAUCUGGUAUUUAUUUGGAAAGUAUUAAAAUUAGACCUGAAUGUCUCACAAGGCCUUUCAGUUAAGAGACUGUAUAUAAUAGCGUUUGGCCUUUAUUUAACAGAACUGUAAAUUUAUUUUUCUUAGUAAAGGGAUCAAUUGCAUGUACCAUUGUUUAUGUACCAAUUCUUUAGUAAUAUUUGAUAGAAAGGUAUGUAAAUGAAGUGUAGCAUUUCAGCGAGCAGAGUACCUUGUAUCAUUUGGAUUGGUCUUGUCCUUUGUUCAUUCCUGCAAAACAACCUGGUUUUUGAAAAUUAAACUUGUGCAAUUUCUCAGAUUACUUAAUCGUUAAUGGUUUUGAUUGUAUUAAAUGGUGCUUAACCUAAAGUAUUCUGUAUUUUUCUUUGUUUAAAUCCAUAUGUGCAGUAGUUAAAGAGCUUAAGAAUUAGAGAACCAAAAGGAACCUGCAGUGUAAUGUGAGUUCAGUCAUCCUGGGAUAGAUGCAGUAUUUAUGUGUGCCACUUCUGCUGAGAAGACAACGCAUUAAAAAAUUAAAAUCAUAAAAAUGUAUCAGCAUUACAUAAACUGCUUUUAUAAUUAAACUAUAACUACAUGUGUUUUAGAAAGGCACAAUGUCAUUAUGAAAAUAACUAUUUUUUUUAACAUAAGAAAGGUAUGGAAUUUUUUGGUUGGUUUUGUUUUUCAAGAAGUCAAAAGAAACAUAUUUGAGGAGAGAUAGAGGAUUGACACCCUAAAAUGUAUUGCUAAGUGAUGAGCUAUGCAAAGAUUAAAUUAAGAAUAUAAUAGGACACUCAGAAUAGUCAAUGCACAUGUUCUAUGUACACUGCUAUGCCCAAAUUUCAUAAGGUUGUAAUAAUGACAGAAGACGUGUCGCUCAACUUUAAAUAUUUAAAGUGGUGAUAAAGUUAUGGUUGCUCAAUGUACUUGGGAUCCUGAAAGAAUCUCUGAGAAUAAUCGUGCUUUUAUUUUACAUGAGUUUACACUAUUAAUUCUGCAGUUACAUCAGUUAAUUUGCACUGCUAAUACUGUUUGCUAAACUAGAACAUCAUUCUCAGCAAACUGAAGGUGUUGGUUGUCAAGGCACUCGGUGUGCAGGGGGCCCUGCUCGGGGCUGGCACCUCCCUGGAGCACUCCCUGUGCCUGGCAGGGCAGCCCUGGGCAGGAGGGAACAGCUCCAAAGCUGGGCUGAUGCUGCUCACCCGCAGUGCCAGUCACAGCCUGGGUGACCAUGGCAGUGCUGACCACUGAGCCAUCCAUAGAGCAGCACCAAGCCACGAGGCAGAGCAGCAGUGUCCUGAGCUCUGAACUGUCACUGGGUGUUUCCAACAUGCACUGAUCACGUGUCAGCACAAGAGACUCUCAUAUCACAUUACGGUUUUUAUCCAGGAUAGAAUAUUUCCUUAAUGCACACCUUCAAUUUCUCUCAUGAAAAGCUAAUUUAUUUUUUUUUAUAAAUACUUAAUGCUUUUGGUCUUUUUAAACUACAUGGAUAGAAUUGGCUCCCACCAACAAAAGAAAGAACUGAUUUCAUGUUUAGGAGGAUCCACAGUUGAUAUAUUUUCCUGUCUUUUUCAGAUGGUUGGAGAAUAAUGCUAAAUGCAUAAUGCACCAUGGCAGGAAAGUUGUCUGUAACCCUCUAUCACAAUAUAAUACACAUAGAUUAGCUUCCUUUUGUUUUUGAAAAAGCAAUUAGGAAUAAAAUAACCUCAUGCUGACAUUUAAGCUGUUGUACAAAACAAUGAACUUGGUAUCUUUUGCUCUGAGGUAUUUUGCAUGCUCAGUAGUGCAUCAUUGCAUCACUAUAUACAAUAUAAUAAAGUUUACUCCAGGUUCUAAGUACUUGUAGCAUGGUCACAGUCUAUGCAUACUGUUUUGAAUUAAGGCAUUAAAUACUGUUAAACCUGU